AUAAUAUGCCCUAUUGGUUUGGUCGAAACUGAGACAAGUUUUCCGAUACUGGGUGUAGAAAAAAAGUCCAGAAUCGAUUUUCAGUGAAGACAUCACUCAUCACGUCCCAUUCGUCUCGUCCCCGUCUGUACUUUCUGAUUCCAUCGCUCCGUCUUUGUUUUCCAAAACAUGCCACGUGAGGACGAAAAACGCAGAGAGAGAUCUCGAAGUAAAGGAAAAGGAAGCAGGAAAUCUUCCCACAGCAAGCGCAGCAGAUCCUCGUCUCGAGGUGCCAUCCAUAAGACGAUGUCCGCUAGCCGGACCAGAGCCAGUGUCCACAAACUCAUCUCUGGCGCCCCAAUGAACGCAGUGCUGGGAACUGCCUUUGGCAGCGGAGUGGCCGCCAAGAUGCUUCAGGGCAGGGAAUAUAAAACAGGGCAGUGGACAGCGGUGGGCGAGGACAGCAACCCGUGCAAGAAGGAACUGGACGACUUCGUCUCUUUGGCUAGCAACCAGCUUACAGAAGCCACCACCUGUGUCAAAGCUAUCGAGCACUUAAAGAAAUGCGUACUCACCAACCCAGCUUAUUUCGGCAAGUGAUCCCUGGUCGCUAACUGGAACAUCUAAAGAUUCAACAAACAAAUGCUGGGAGGAAGGAGCUGCGAAAACUCACAACUAUGGCGUCUAUCAACACCGAAGCUUUGAAAAUAACUCAAGAACACGCGUACCAAGGUCAACGUUGACAGCGAGAUAUUCAUGUCUUCUUCUACAAAUUAAACGUAUUGUCUAAAAAUAUGCAAA